AUGCUCGUCGGCAUUACAACGCCGGCGCCACCCCGUCCAAUCUCGCCGGCGAUAAUCUCUUUCUCCACUCACACUCAUCUCUCUAACCUCCAACUUCUCCUCCCCAAACCUCCUCCUCCUCCUCCUCCUCAACCACCACCACCACCACUCCAAUCACAACCAAUCACUAAAAAACCAAGAUUCAACCUCAAACUUCCAUCAUUUCUCCGGCCACCGCUCACUACCGACUCCUCCUUUUACGACGACAACACCAUCUCUCCAAGAACUCUAACCCAUCUCCACCACCUUCUCUCUUCUCCUCCUCUCCAUUCCCCUAAAAACAACAUAUCUUCUCAUUGGCAUCUCUACCACGGCUCCGGCGACUGGUCCAACCUUCUAGACCCUCUCGACGAAAACCUCCGGCGAGAACUCAUCCGUUACGGCGAACUCAUCCAAUCAGCCUACCAAUCCUUUCACUCCUCCACUCCCACCUCCAUCUCUCAGCUCCCUUCUCACCACUCCUACCACCCAACCCAAACCCUCUUCGCCACCUCCUCCAUCCCUCUCCCUACUUGCUUCACCAACCGCUCCAACCCCAUCGGCUACAUUGCCGUCUGCGACGACCCCACCGAGCUCCGCCGCAUGGGCCGCCGUGACAUCGUCAUCGUUCUCCGUGGCACCUCCACCGUCCUCGAAUGGGCUGAGAACUUCCGCGCUAACCUCGUCCCUCUCGACUCCGACGAUGUCCAAGUCGAAUGCGGCUUCCGUAGUCUCUACAAAACCUCCGGCGAUGCAAUCCCUUCUCUCUCCUCCUCCAUCGUCGCCGAAGUCCAACGUCUUCUCAAUCUUUACUCCGGUGAAAAACUCAGCAUCACUGUCACCGGUCACAGUCUCGGCGCUGCUCUUGCUGUUCUCGUCGCCGACGAGCUCAGCAUGACUUGUUCUUCUUCUUCUUCUUCUUCAAAUGGUGAUGUUCCGAUCGCCGUGUUCUCGUUCGGAGGGCCAAGGGUGGGGAACCGGGCGUUUGCGGAUAGGGUUCGGAGAAGGGGAGUUAGGGUUUUGAGGGUGGUGAACGCCGGCGAUGUGGUGACGAAGGUGCCAGGAGUGUUGCCGAGAGAGGAAGAGGAGGAGCCGUGGCACGUGCUGCAUGGAUGGUUUGAUGGGUAUGCGCACGUGGGAAGGGAGUUGCGGGUUGAUAGUCGGGUUUCGCCUUAUUUGCGCCCGAAUCCGGAUCCGGCUUGUUGUCAUGAUUUGGAGGCAUAUUUGCAUUUAGUGGAUGGCUAUUUAGGAUCCGAUAGCCCGUUUAGAUCUAAUGCUAAACGGAGCCUUGUUAAGUUGUUUAGUCAACAGGGUUCGAAUGUUAAGAAGCCCUUUGUUAGCACAGCCCGGGCUCUCGGGUUUUGACCCGUUUUGACCAGAAUCCGAAUCCGAUUAACUAUUCAUCUGACGUCAUAAA